GAACCUCACUUUUUACAACAUCAGAACAAAUCAAACAUGGGCUGCUUUUUCUUUUUUAUUCUCAUCAUUUCCAGUGUUGCCAGUCAGGAUUACAGGCAUUUUAGUGUUAAAACUGGAGGAUCUGUCACCAUCCCGUGUCAUUAUGACAGGAAAUAUAUACAACAUAAGAAAUACUGGUGCUCUGGUACAACAUUAAAUUUCUGCACUAUUGAGGCGUAUACAAAUGAAACACGGGGGAAAGUGACAGUGACUGAUCACCCAGCUGAGAGACUCUUUACUGUGACUUUGAAUAAUCUCCAGACAGAAAACACUGGAUGGUACUGGUGUGCUGUAGAGAUAUCUGGAGGGCCAGAUGUUAAAGAAUACCUUUAUAUCACAUAUUUGUGCUCAGAUCCUGAUCUGUCUGUGAUGAAGAGCAGUGUGAGUGCUGAGGAAGGAGGCAGCGUCACAGUCCACUGUCUCUACAGCGCUGCGUAUCAGAAGAAACAGAAGCAGUGGUGCAGAUUCAAAGACCGGCAGUGCAUCACAUUGGGGAAAACUGGGAAACCCAAGACAUCAACAGUGCAACUCAGGGAUGAUGAGAGAAGAAGAAACUUCAGUGUGCAGAUGAAUGGACUGAACAAGAGUGACGCUGGCUGGUACUGGUGCAGAGCAGGAGAUCUACAGGUUCCUGUUCACAUCAAUGUCACUGAUCCACCACCAGUUUUGACUACAACAGUGAUGGCAGCCAGUCAUCAAGCCACUACUCAUGAAGGAGGAAGAUCUGUCUCAAAGUACAGUCCAGCGUCGACCUGUGAGGAAACCACAAAGCCAGGGCACUUCUGUAUUGCAAACAACUGAAGGCUGUGAUCCUGAGAAUUUAAAAAGCUGGCACGUCUGAUUUCUAUAAUUAUAUAAUGUUUUGUAAAAACAGCACAGUCAGUCUUGUAUUAUUCCUUACAUAUCAGUUCCAAUACAGUAUUUUAUCGCAGAAAUUGUACGUUUUUUACUGUGCGCUUUUGAAAAGACAGGAGAAAAACCACAUAUUUCACUUAACAGAUCAAUAAAGUACAUCUAUCUAUCUAUCUAUCUAUCUAUCU